CGUAAAAGAAGAAGAAGAAGAAACAAAGGAAGAUGGCACAGACGCUAAGCAACGUCAGCUUAACUGCAUCGAUGGCGAUGCUCAUGGUGCUACUGUCAACCAAUAUAGGGAGUGCGAAAGGGAAGACGGACUGCAAGGGGGUGGCGGACAAUCUGCAUCACUUUGUACACGAAAACUGUCGGGAUGGACCGACGUCGAUGUGCGGGGCCUACUGCUUUAUGGGCAGCGGCGGUGAUUGCACCGGAAAAUGCGCAGACAGGAAGUGCAGUUGCUUCCCCAACUGCGACAGAAUAUUUACACAGUUUUAUUUUAGACCUUCCGAUGUCUGGAUGCCUCCAAGGGCACUUUGUCAGUACAAAAAUCCCGACGGGAAUUGCAGUGACUUUUGCAAGAGACAGAGUGGAGGCAACUGCAGUGGAAGAUGCACCACUCACGACAUUAAUGGCUGCAAGUGCUUCUUACCAGCUUGAUCCAUAUAUCUACUUGUCUGUUUGUGUUUUGUUUUUUGUCGGGGAAUUUCCGAAUAAUUGGUUCGUCCAUCGUAUCAUAUCUCUGUGUCUGUCUUGUCCUUCUUCCCCUGUGUGUUGUGUCUUGUUCUUUUCCACUAUAUUUCAUAUAUAUAUAUAUAUGUGUGUGUGUGUGUGUGUGUGUGUGUGUUGUUUCAUUUUGAAAAAUGAAUGAAUAAAGUUU